AUGUCGCACUGCCUCUCUGAGACAGACAGCAGCCUCUACCAGUUCUUCAGCUGCUUCUCAAACAUGAAAAAUUUGAGUCAUCUAAUUUUAAAAGGCGACAAAAAUUUUCACCUCGGAAAGACAGUUGAGAUGCUUUUCAAGACACUUGAGACAUCAGGGAAGUCUCUCGACUACCUGGACAUAUCGAACAGCUUCUGCGGAGACGAGGGAAUCGAAAUGAUUUCGAAAUUUCUGAAUUCGAACUUUUCUCCAAAAAUUUUCGUUUUCGACGGGACGAAACCCACGAAUCUAGAGCCAUUCCUGAGUCUCCUUCUUGGCUACCUCAAUUCCAACUGCGCUUCGUCUGUUUCUUUCCCUCUGAGCGACUUGGAGAAACUGAAGAAUGACGGCAAAAUAAAGAUGCAGCAGUUCAAUGAAAUCCUCGACUUGUUCAGGACUUCCGAAGGCGACGGAGGCUCUGCAUUCGACAGCCUGUUCUUCAUCUACUACGAAGACGAGAGAUUUGAUGAGAAAUUUCCGAGGUAUGUCAACGCAUCUUAUUUGACUGAGUCGAAACAGGACAAAAACACUCCGAAAAGGUUGUUUGAGAUGUCUAAAAACCAAAAUUACCAGACAAAGCCAAAAAACACGUCUGUGACUGUUUCGAUUUCCAGAUCUCAGCCGAAAUUUGACAAAAUCUCUGACUUCACUUCGAUGGCGAGCGAGUCAACAUUCGCGCCGUCGUCCAGGGCUGUCGGUGCUCCCACUGUUGCAUUCUCUGUCAGCAACAACUCAACAAACAUCGGGGAUGUCGAUCAGAACAAAACCCUCUCAGACAACGAGCAGAACCAGAUCCACGAGCCGCUGAAACCUCCACCGGAAAAGGGCGGAUCGCCGAGGAGAUCGAUCAGACAUGUUUCGACGGCGAAUGUCGAAUUUAGACUGGACAUCACUUCGUCGAGUUCUUCUGCUUCUUCACCGAAGAAUUUGAGGAAUUCGAAGUCGAUGAAUUCCAAUGUUUUGCUUGCUAAGAAUGGUGAUGACUCUGAUGCUUUGGUUACAAAGGAUUUUGACAUUUCUACUUCUGAUGAUGAUGAUUUUAGAGAAGAAGUUGUGACUAAAGAGAGUAGACAUCUCAGACAAACACUGAUGAACUCUAGAUAUCAGAAGAAAGAGUUGGAUGAUGACUUCGAUUGGAAAUUUCCUUUGGAAAGAGUCGAAACAAUGUACAAAGGGUCUUGGGCACAAUCUCAACAGAGGUUUUCUAUCGUGGAAAGUAUGAAAUUCCUGUCUAAAAUACCUCACAACCACUAUCCAAAUUGA